AUGGGCGUCCCCUUCGACUUCGCGCCGGAACGGCCUGAACACAUCGACCAGAUCCUCAACGGCCUGGAUCGCUACAACCCGGAGACCACCGCCGUCUUCCAGGACUAUGUGAUGGGCCAGUGCGAGAGCCAGACCUACGACUGCUACGCAAACCUGGCUCUGCUGAAGCUCUACCAGUUCAACCCGCACCUUGCGCGCGACGAGACCAUCACCAACAUCCUGGUCAAGUCGCUGACCGUGUUCCCCUCGCCCGACUUCUCCCUCUGCCUUUCGCUCCUGCCGCCGCACAUCCUGGCGCCGCUGUCGACCUCUGCUUCCAACCCGGCGGCCGGCGACCCGGCCCUCAGCGAGGCGGUGCAGAAGCUCAACGUGCUGAACAACCUGCUCGGCCUGGCCGACUACGCUGGCUUCUGGGCGGCCCUCGACAGCGACGACCUGUACGCCGACCUGAUCGCGGACGUGUCCGGGUUCGAGGACCUCAUGUGCGUGCGCAUCGCCGUCACCGUCUCGCAGGCCGUGCGUGAGAUCGAGCGUCCUAUCCUCGAGUCGUGGCUUAACAAGAAGGGCGGCGAGUUCGAGCACUUCGUCGGCGACGUGUGUGGCUGGACCAUUGAUGGCCAGAACAUCAAGGUCCCGCUGAACAAGGAGAACGAGGCAAAGGGCACCGUAGUGAGGGAGAACGUCAAGUUCGACCAAUUCUCGAGGUUGAUCAAGCGUGCGUACGAGCAGCCCGCGUAG